AUGACUUGCAGAGGAAGGACUCUCAGGGAGCAGUGGAUCAGAGCAAAGUACGAGAGGAAGGAGUUCUGUGAGCCUGGGAACCACUUACUAUAUGAGGAAGGUGCCUUCUUGUUCCCUUAUCUUACCAUGGUGCUCCUGUGUGGCCUUCCUCUGCUCUUCAUGGAGUUUUCUAUUGGGCAGUACACUCGAUUAGGGCCAGUGCAUGCUCUCGCCAGAAUCUGCCCCUUGUUGAAAGGUGUUGGUCUGGCCACAGUUUUCAUUUCCUUUGUGUUCUGCACCUACUACAAUGUGCUCAUGAGCUGGGCACUGUUUUAUUUAUUCAACUCGUUCGGGGCGACGCUGCCCUGGACUUCCUGCAACAACACCUGGAACGUUGUCGAAAACUGUUCCAGUGGUUUCCCCGGCAACACCAGCCACCUGCAGUCUGCCAGCCAGCAGUUCUUCGAUCAAAGACUUUUGCAGAAAACGAAUGGCAUUGAAGAAAGUGGCGGCGUGCGCUGGGAGCUCUUUGGCUUUCUCAUUCUUUCCUGGGUCAUUGUGUAUUUGUGCAUAUUUAAAGGAGUCAAAUCGACAGGCAAGGUCGUGUAUUUCACCGCUGUUUUCCCGUACUUCAUUCUGUUUGCCCUGCUCAUAAACAAUGUGCAGCUCCCUGGAGCCAAGAAUGGCAUCCUCUACUUUGUGACACCCGUCUGGGACAAACUGUUUGAAGUGAAGGUGAGACUGUUAAUGAGCGAGUGCAAAAAGUAA